AUGGCUCUUUCCUAUCUUUCCUACUGGUUACUAAUAGUUAGUGCAUACAAUUUUAUCGGCGCAGCAUUUCUAGCCUGCAAACCAGAAUCGUUAGAACAUCUAUUCGUUGGUAGUGCAAAUAUUUUAAUCAAUGACGGCAUGACAGUGCCAAUCCUACGACGAGUUAUUGUUUGGUGGACAUUAACAUUUGCUGUCUUACGAACAUUAACUGCAUUCUCUUUGCACCACCGUGCAUUGUAUCUAUCGACUCUAUGGUCAUUUCUGGUCUGGUUAGGAUGGUCAUGUAGUGAAGCAUUUUAUUUUCAAACAGUCCCACCAUAUACAUUGUCAUUUGGAAUGGGUAUGGGAACUAUUUCAACGAUUUGGUUAUUAUUCUAUCUGCCGACAAUGUGGUCAAUUACCGCGAAUAAAAGGUUGAAAACAGAAAAACUUCAUUGCAAAUAG